UUAGAUUGUGCAGAUUCCAAAGAACAUCGACGAAAGGGAGGCGCCGGAGUCUAGGAAUACAGAAUGGCACUGUCUAGGGCCGAGUUAGGGCUUUAUCCUUGCAAAGCGGUGCAGAGGCCGUGCGCUCGUCUGUGAUGCCGGGGGUGCAAGACAGAUCUGUGUUAUAGCAAGGACGUGACUCUGCCUGCUGUCAGCACCUCGGAAUAUUCAGUCCUCAGGCCAGCGUCAGAGAGUCACCUGCCACCCGGCUCCCAUCCAAGCCAGCCUAGAGAAGACACAAGGAUCUUUAACAAGUUGAUUGGGGCAAAGUUGACAUCUAUUUGGGACCAAGUAAAGGAAAAAAAAAAUCCCCAAGUAACCGCAAAUGAAGGAGCGUUUUAAUGCCCCAGGGUAGAGAAUUUGUAACAGCAUGUCUGCCUACUACAGGAAUCACGGGUUUGAGGGAGAUCCAGAUUACCCUGACUACUCGGAGUCUUGGAACGGAACACAGGAGUAUUCGAAAACUCAGGAUUACCCAGGUCCUCUGAAUAAUCCAGACUACCCCAGCCCCAAGAACAACCCAUACUCCCUAGGCUCCAGAACAAGCCAAGAGUAUCCUGGCUCUCUAGCAGAACCAGAUUAUCCUGGAUCUUCUCCAAGUAAUCUGGACUAUCUUGGGACCAGGAGCAAUCCACACUCUGCAGCCUCCAGAGCGAAUCCAGACUAUCAUGCAUCUCUGCCAGAACCAGAUUACCUUGACUUUCAGAGCAAUCCACACCACUCCAGCUCAUCCAGAGAGCCAGACUAUCCUGGAUCUCAACGAAAUAUUGAGUUUGCAGGUUCCAGAAGCAGUGGAAAUUAUGGACACUCCAGAACAAAUUCAGAUUACUUGGGCUCGUUUGGAGAACCAGACUAUCCUGGAGCUCAGGGCAACACUAACCAUCUCGGCCCCAGGGACAACUCCAACCGUCCAGGCUUCAGAAGGAAUACAGAGCAUACCGGUUCCAGAAUCAACCCAUUUAUAGAUUAUUUGGGAGAGCCUGAUUAUCCAGGUGCUGAGAAUCAACCUAACUCCCCACCUUAUUUAGAAGAACCAGACUAUCCGGGUGCCAAAGACUCUCAGAACUCACCAAACCUUUGGGGGGAACCCGAUUACCCAGGUGCUGAAGACGGUCAUGAUUAUGGCUCUUCUGAAACACCGAAAAUGACCAGGCAGGGUGAUGGCCUCUUGGGCAUCCUUCAGAAAGAUAAUAAAGAUUACCACGAAAGCAUUGAAAUGACAUCCAUGGAGAUGGCAAGCCCAUCUGAAUACUCUCUGCCGGAAACUCCAAGACAUGGCUAUGUGAACCCUGCCUAUAUGGAUGAAAGUAGCCCUAUUUAUGCUUAUGGAAACCCACUGCUGUCUGAAAGUGAUUGGCACAAGUCACCCCAAGGACAAAAGUUAAUUGCAUCUCUGAUACCCAUGACUUCUAGAGACAGAAUUAAAGCCAUCAGGAACCAGCCAAGGACCAUGGAAGAGAAAAGAAACCUUAGGAAAAUAGUUGAGAAGGAGAAGAGUAAACAGUCACCGGGUACCCAUGAGCUCAACUGCUGCGCUCAGUGUGUGAGCUCUGUUUCGCUGGUUUACCGAAGGUCCAAGAACAGCCUGUCGGAAAUCCUUAGUUCCAUCAGCCUGUGGCAGAAGACACUCAAGGUCAUUGGGGGCAAGUUCGGAACCAGUGUCCUCUCCUAUUUCAACUUCCUGAGGUGGCUUUUAAAGUUCAACAUUUUCUCGUUCAUCUUGAACUUCAGCUUCAUCAUAAUCCCUCAGUUUACCGUGGCUGAAAAGAACACCCUCUCAUUCACUGGCUUGGAGUUUUUCACAGGGGCGGGUUAUUUUAGGGACACAGUGAUGUACUACGGCUUCUACACCAAUUCCACAAUCCAGCACGGGGACAACAUGGCAUCCUACAACAUGCAACUGGCCUACAUAUUCACAAUCGGAGCAUGCUUGAUCACCUGCUUUUUCAGCUUGCUCUUCAGCAUGGCCAGGUAUUUCCGGAAUAACUUCAUUAACCCCCACAUUUACUCCAGAGGGAUUGCUAAACUCAUCUUUUGCUGGGACUUCACUGUCACUCAUGAAAAAGCUGUGAAACUAAAACAGAAGAAUCUUAGCACUGAGAUAAGGGAGAACCUGUCAGAGAUCCGCCAGGAGAACACCAAGUUGACUUUCAAUCAACAGCUGAUCCGCUUGUCUGCCCACAUAGCAGCUUGGGUUGUCUCUACUGGAGUGGCAGCUGCCUGCUGUGUAGCUGUUUAUUACCUGGCUGAGUACAACUCAGAGUUCCUGAAGACACACAAGAACCCGGGGGCGGUGCUGUUACUGCCUUUCCUCGUGUCCUGCAUCAACCUGGCUGUGCCACGCGUCUACUCCAUGUUCAGGCUGGUGGAGAGGUAUGAGAUGCCACGGCACGAAGUCUACGUCCUCCUGGUCCGAAACAUCUUUCUGAAAAUAUCAAUUAUUGGAAUUCUUUGUUACUAUUGGCUCAACAUUGUGGCCCUGUCUGGUGAAGAGUGUUGGGAGACCCUCAUUGGCCAGGAAAUCUACCGGCUCCUUCUGAUGGAUUUUGUGUUCUCUUUGGCUGAUUCCUUCCUGGGGGAGUUUCUGAGGAGACUCGUUUGGAUGCGAUUUAGCUCCAGUCAUGGCGUACAGGAGUUUGACAUCGCCAGGAAUGUUCUAGAACUGAUCUACGCACAAACUCUGGGGUGGAUUGGGAUCUUCUUCUGCCCGCUGCUGCCCUUCAUCCAAAUGAUUACUCUUUUCAUCAUGUUUUACGUCAAAAAUAUCAGCCUGAUGAUGAACUUCCAGCCUCCGAGCAAAGCCUGGCGGGCCUCCCAGAUGAUGACCUUCUUCAUCCUACUGCUCUUCUUCCCGUCCUUCACCGGCGUCCUGUGCACCCUGGCCGUCACCAUCUGGAGAUUGAAACCUUCAGCCAACUGUGGCCCGUUCCGAGGCCUGCCUGCCUUCAUUCACUCCAUCUACGGCUGGAUCAACACCCUAAAGACAAGGCCUGGCUACCUGUGGGUUGUUUGGAUCUAUCAGAACCUCAUCGGGAGUGUGCACUUCUUUUUCAUCCUCACCCUCAUUGUGUUAAUUAUCACCUAUCUCUACUGGCAGAUCACAGAGGGAAGGAAGGUCAUGAUCAGGCUGCUCCAUGAACAGAUCAUUAAUGAGGGCAAAGAUAAAAUGUUCCUGAUAGAUAAGCUGAUCAAGCUGCAGGAUGCCGAGAAGAGAGCAAACCCCAGCUCACUCAUUCUGGAAAGGAGAGAGGUGGAGCCACAAGGCCCUUUGCCUUCAGAGAAACAUGGUGUUACCCCAGACCUGCGAUUUAGGCGAUCCGUUCAAGAAAAUAAUCCAAUAUCCUGAUGGUGGUUGUGGUGGCCAGACACCAAUCAGAGGAGGAAAGAAGGCAAAGAUGGACCAAUUUCUUCCAUGAUGCCUGGCCCUUCAGGAACUUCACAAAGGCUAAUCCAAGCCUUUAGCCAGCAGCGACUGCAUUGUAACUACCAAAGUAAAACUGGAUGUUCCCUGCUGUCGUUACACCUGGACUGCUGGUUUUUCAGGACAAAUUCAUGGGGUCUUCCAAUAAGGAUUGUUGUUUACUACUAGCCCACAAAGACCUGGGAAGAGAUAACUGGAGAAUGAUUUAUUUUUUUCUUCAAGAAACGUGUAUUUGAAUCAUUGGUCCUUAGGGAUCUCUCCUCCCAGACCUGGCAAAGACUUAGAAACUGCUGCUAAGAAAAGUGAUCCGGCGUGAAUGAAAAUGUGAUCCUUAAUCAAAAAUGUGAAACUUCUAAACUGUGCAAGCUGCAUUUGUUCAUGACAUCCAACUAAAAACAUCCUCGUAGCAGCCAGAAGUGAAAUAAAACCAGAGGUCUUGUUGAUGAGCUUUA